GGCAUCAGAUCCUAGUAUAGAUAGUUGUGAGCCAACAUGUGGUUGCUGGGAAUUGAAAUCAGGACCUCUGGAAGAACAACCAAUGUUCUUAACAGCUGAGCCAUCUCUCCAGCCCUCUAUUAAUACCUUUUCAACCUGAAGUAGUAUUGUUCUGUACUGGUUGGUUUCUGAGAGGAUGUGGUUGGCUGGGGUUGGGUGGUGCUAGAAGUGUGGCAGGUUUGGCCCGGAAAGUGCAAAUUGGCCUGUGGCAGGUGCUCAGGUGUGUAGGAGGUAGAGAAUGAGAUCAUCUGGAGAGGAAAGUAGUCAUGAGCCUAUCAUCAUUCCAUCCCAAUGCUUUCCACCUCCCCAUCUCCAUCACACAUCAGCAGUGCUGUCACCUUGGGGUAUAUUUUGACUGUGAGUGGAAUGGCUUCUGCCAGUUCACCAGCUGUGUUUGCAGAAAGACUAGCUGACUGGGCUCUGGCUGUUGCUAGCAAAGAGACAUUUCAUUCAGGUGCUGAUUAAAUAAGGCAGAGAUCCAGAUUGCACAUUAAGGCCCUUAACUGCGGCUCUGGGAGCCCUGAGUAAACAUUUAUUAGAUGUUCUGGGCAUAGCAGUAGCAGAGGACCAUGGUGAAGUGUUAGCUUCAGAAAUCGGGUUGAAGGAAAUGGGAGCUAGAAGGAGAUGGAUCCUCUUUUCCUAGAGUAACCAUACCGAAUUGCUGGUGUGUACACAGAAGGACUAGAGAGUUUUUAUCACUGGCAUUAACUUGCUGAGACUGAACCUAUCAGGAUUUGGACACAGAGGGGUUCCUGACUAAGUAGGGCAAUAGAAAUAUCUCCUUGUCCAAAAGUAAGUUGGGCCUAGUGGAGAGAGCAUUUUUGAAUUCUAUUUCCUAGGUUUGGCUUUGAGUUUCAUUACCAUGUGACCUUAGGCUUGAUAUUUAACUACUCAAUCAGUUUCACUCAUCUUUAAAAUAGAAGUUCUGACAGUACCUACCAAACAGGGUUGUUGUGAAAAUUAAAUUAAGUCAUUUCAAUCAAUCAUUGAGCAGAAGUUUUGGCUCACUAUGAGCAUGCAACUGAAUGUUAGUUUUUACUGGCAGUAAUUAUGGUACUAAUGUAUUUCAAGGUUGGUAUAUGAUGGGAAUAUUGGCUGAAGUGUUAUAGUUUUGAGUUCAAAUCCUUUUAGCUAUGUAACCUUGGGUAGCUUAGCUUGUGUUUCCAUAUUUGUGAAAUGGAAUGACCACAUAUAAAUAUACCAGGGAUGUGUAAAGAUUGAGAAAAUAUCAGUAAGUCACUUACUGUAGUAAACGGUACAUGCAGAGUGCACAUUCAAUAUGUUUUAGCUGUGAUAGUCGCUACUACCCUUGUUACCCCAACUACCAUGAUGACAACUGAAAUGAGAGAUGCCUUCAUGAUUAUCAUUGUGAUUGCUGCUGUUUCAAGCUUGGGUGACUGAUGGUAGGGAUUUGACACUGGAUUUAGAACUUUAGUUAACAAAAGUUUUCCGGGAGUGUUUGUGAGAGGCAUGCAGUGGGCAGGAAUACUGAUUUUCAUGAAGCUAGCACCUGGGUGGUAAUAGUUAUGGCUAUUAUGAAGGUUACCAGUCCUUUGGAAGAAUGGUGAGUAGGAAGUUGCUCUGGUGGUUUCCAUGGACCUCUUGCCUUAUUUACUUUUUCUCCGUAUCAGUGGGCUGACUUCGUGGUGCAAGCUAUCUUGAGAUUGGUAGUCUAGGAAACCAGGGAGGAGAUGAACAGAAAUAUGAAAGGAAUGGUUUAUGGUGGGUAGUAUGGAGCUAAAGACAGGUGAAUGGAUUUCAGUUUUAUUUUUUUUUCUCAAUGUCUUUUGAUUGAGGGUUAGGUACUUAAUUGUACAUGGAGACUGAACCACUCACAGGGCUUAGAGAAAAGCAUGUUUAUAUGUUUCUUUCUUUCUUUUUAUUUUGUUGCCGAGCCUGGGGAUGGAACCCAAGGCAGUGUGCAUAUUAGACAAAGUAUUCUACCACUGAGCUACAUACAGACCCAGGCCCAGAAAAGCAAGUUUAAAGCAGACUAGAAUCUUAGCAAAUGGAGAAGCACAGCAUAGUGGAAAGUGUACUGCUUCUGGGUAAGACCCAGAAAAGCAAGUUUAAAGCAGACUAGAAUCUUAGCAAAUGGAGAAGCAUAGCGUAGUGGAAAGUGUGCUGCUUCUGGGUAAGACUCCGGUUGCCUUUGCUUAAUGUCCGAUGAUAGUGCAAAACAAACAAAUCACAGCAACAGCAACAACACAUCACAAAUGCCUUCUACAGUUCUAGUGUUUGGUAAACCUUUUUUUCAAGAACUGCUGUUUUAAAAUAGACUGUGCUCUAGAAUCUAAGCUACCUGUCACUAGAAGAGGACCCAAUUUAAAUGCAGCUUAAGGGCCUUUUUAUACCCUUUUGUCAUGUGACUUUACAGCCGUGGGAUAGGGAGUGGCCUCACCCCCACCUUGGAAGAGCCUCCAGUAUACUCGAGAAUUGAUGGGGUAAAUAUGCAGGUUUUAAGUUGAUUGAGGAAGUGAUAUUUUUCGAUAGUCCUGGUUCCCCUGUUUGGGGCUAGAGUUUGUGGUAAACAGCAACCGAGGAGAAGGGCAGACAUUAGAAUUUCCCUUUUCAUGGUAUGCAAUGCUGGCACACACCUUUAAUCCCAGCACUUUGGAGGCAGAGGCAGGCAGAUCUCUUGAGUCCAAGGUCAGCCUGAUCUGUAGGUUGAGUUCUAGGAUAGUCAAGGCUACACCUUUCUCAACCCCCUGCCCCCAAACAAAAAUAGCUUUUCAAAACUCACUUUUCUGAUACCUAGGAAGGAUUGAAAUAAAGGAUCCUCUUCUUAUUAGUACUUGCUUUUUAUCUGUUAGCAUUUGUUAAAAGUUUCUUUUAUUGCUUCAGUCACGGGUGUGUGUGUGUGUGUGUGUGUGUAUGUGUGUGUAUGUGUGUGUGUAUGUAUGUGUGUAUGUGCCUGUCACUGCACUUUUAUUCUGUUCACUGGACUUUAUUCUCUGCACCCUGCAGGAAUGUUGCUGAGGGUCAUGUGCACAAGGGUCUCAUUUCGAACAUUUCACUCUGGGCCACCUGGGCUGCCUGCUGCUCCUCUUCCCCUCUAUUUCCCUCUCCCCAUCCCUCCCCUUUCUAAGUAUCUCUCAGUUCUAGCAGUAAGCAAUAGGAACACCGAGAGGACAGUGACUCAUUUUACCUAUGUGUCUCCAUUCUGUGUAAUUUCCCCAUCCAGCUCUCCUAUGAACAGCCUUGUGAGAUAGCACCAGCCAAGGCCAUGUGUCCUUGCUUGUGAGAUUUUUUUGGCUCAUAAGUGAAGAACCUGACCUCCAACCCUGUGUCUGUCCUCCCUGGAAAGGCCUCUGAGAGAGAACUUUUGUCUUGGGCCAAGGAGUUAGGAAUGAUCUACUGUUCAAGGUUGAGUUGGAUUUGCCAAGAAUGUGAAGGCUGCUGUGUGCCUGGGUCUGCUGACCAGCCUGUUCCUGUUUGGCCAUGUUUCACAGCUAGUGGUGUUUGCUCAGAUGGCCGUAUGUGGAAACCAGGCUCGGAUGGCUUCCCAAAUUUCUUACUGCCUGCUUUUGGUCUGUGCUGAAAAACAAUUUGCAGAGUACAUGGUUGCCCACACCUGUUAUCAUUAUUUUUUUUUAAAUCUUUCUUUUCCAAUUCACUGUAACCUGGAAUUAAGUUCUGAAUCCUGCUGUGAAUUGGACCCCUUUUGCCAGUGGUUUAGUUUCAUUGAUAAUAGAACUUAAAACUGAUUCAGAAGGAAACAUAAGGAACAUUUUAUUAGAGUUUUCUUUGAGAUGGAUGUUUUCGAGUAGCUACAUGGACAGGGCUGGGGAACAUCAGAGAAAGAAUGAAAAUAGUGUCAGGACAAUUAUAUGUAGGAUUGUAUAUACUUAAGAUUUUAACUGUUAUCCCAAGAAGUAAUGGAGGGGAGGUUAUGCUUUUUGAGUAAGAAACCAAGAAAGCAGCAGACAAACAAGUGCACUGAAGAAGAGUCUUCUGGGAGAUGUAAGUUCAUUGUCUCAUUAAAAGAGAAUAAUUUAGUUCUCCCAUCUCCUUAACAUGUUUUCAGUUUUCCAGACGGUGAUCAUCUUGUCCACUGGCAGGCACAGGUGGAUUAAUGGUUAAGGGCAGGGGAACAAUAGCAUGUUUUAUGAUGUUACAACUUUAGGGGGCAAUUAAAAACAUUGUUUCCACUCUGAGCCAGAGGUAGAGCUUAGAUCCCAUUCUCAAAUCACAAGCUUUAAGGAGAUUUAUCAGGAGGAGAUAGCUUUCCUGUAAUGGGCCUUAAGAAAGCUCUGCUGUCUCUGCUUUCCUUAUGUAUGGCUUCGUAAAUUUUAAGGAGGAGAAACUGUGAUGAUUCUCUUUCUUAAAAUUGUAUUAUCAGAGAAAGAAAGAUAGAGUCCAAAGCUGAGCAAGACUGGGAGGAUUCAUCCUCCAUGACCUCCCCAUCUGAUGGUUGUCUUGCUAUCCAGUGUUUCCACAUUCUUCCUGUCUCUCCUUUGUUAAUGGGUUUCUCGUUUUCUUGUUGUGUACUUCAAACAUAGCUGGGUCCCAAUUCUGGGAUUACACGUGCAUGCUGCAAUAUAACUGCAUGAUUAUUGUACAGAAACUCUUCUUGUCUUUUGAGCCUCCUGCAGAUCUUUGAACUACUACUGUAAACUAGGAACAGGUCUGAUGGACAAAGAAGUGUGAGAUUUCAGAGGAGAAGCUCAUUGUAAUGUCUCAUUAUCUUGCACCCUCCUGGAGAAGUUGACAGUAAUAAUAACACUUGUGACUUGUGUUCUAGACAAGUGUUUUGCUUUUUAUGUAGUCCAGAUUCUCCAUGCACUCAGGAGCCUUCUUCCUCUGCUUCUGAGUUCUAAGAUUACAGGUGUGCAUCAACAUCCCCCAAAACAAUCUGUAACAUUUUUGAGCACUCGUUAAAUAUGCUGCAGUCUUGGUGCUAAGUUUACUGCCCGUGCAUUACUUCAUUUGCAGCCUUCUACAAGGUCACUUUAGGUUUAUCUAAUUGCUUCAUUUGCUUCUAGUUCAUUUCCUGUUUUGUUGACUUGAACACAUAGGAUACUGUAGCAACACUCUCUUCAAUUGUUGAAACAGCUGAGUGGUGGGAAAAAGAACUAAGAAACCAUAGCUGAGAGGUCUCGAUCCUUCAUUUUCUAGCUCUUCCAGACGCUUGAUGUGAGAUGUGUUACUUUAAAAGGCUCCCUUCAGGACACUGUGAAGGCAGAAACAGGCUCAGCAUUGCCUGACAGUUACAACGUUGAGAUAACCUGACUCCUUUUCUUUCAUCUUCCUCCUGGCCUGGCCUCCAUGUCCGGGAACUGUAGUCAUCUUCAAGUUACAGAUGCACAUGUUGAAUGGAGCUCUUCUGGCAUUGCUAUUUCCUGUGGUAAAUACUCGGCUGCUCCCCUUUGAACUGGAGAUUUACUACAUCCAGCAUGUUAUGCUCUAUGUGGUCCCCAUCUACCUGCUUUGGAAAGGAGGUGCUUACACCCCAGAGCCCCUCAGCAGUUUCCAGUGGGCUCUUCUCUCAACGGGUCUCAUGUUCUUUUACCACUUCAGCAUCCUGCAGAUCCUCGGCCUGGUCACCGAAGUGAAUUUGAACAACAUGCUGUGUCCGGCCAUCUCAGACCCAUUCUACGGCCCCUGGUAUCGCAUCUGGGCCUCGGGACACCAGACUCUCAUGACCAUGACCCACGGGAAGCUGGUCAUCCUGUUCACAUACAUGGCUGGGCCCUUGUGUAAAUAUCUGCUAGAUUUGCUCCGGCUUCCAGCCAAGAAAAUAGACUGAAGGUGCUUGGAUUUUGGUUUUUUAUUUUGUUUUUUUGUUUUGUUUUGUUUCUCGCUGAGAAAGCAAGUCCUGAUUUGACCCAGAGAACACCCAGUUCUUGACAAAAUCAUGGGAGAGGGCAAUAGUAUCCUUGGUCUAUUUCCUUUUUUCCUCUUCUCUGUCCCUUUCUUCCACUCUUCCCUUCCCAGAUGCUCCCCAUGGAUAGCUUUUUGUAUCCAGGGAAAGUGCUGGUGAUGGAGCUUCUUCCUUUCUUCCCCUGGGCUCUGGGUCCCCACUAUGCCCCACUCUCUGCGUGGCCUUACCCAGGGAAACGGUAGUCAGUGGCCCCUUUCACACUGCUUGUUGGUGCUUUUAACAACAGCUAGUUGAGGAAGCAGGGAACAAAAAGCAGUAGUUCUUCCAGCAUCCCAGCAGUGAAAUAAUGUUGGGUUCAUUUCUCCACUGCCAGGGACCUCCAGGCUCAUGCUGGGAUCCCCUUUAAUCUCCAGCAUAGCCCCCACCAGAAGGGGACCAAGGCCUUGUUUCUAUACCAGUGGCAAAGCCCAGAGCCAAGGGACUUCCCAGCUCAUAGUCAAAAUAGAUUCUUCCAGUGACUAGUGUCCCAUGACUCAAAGUAAGGAGCCACCGAGCCAAUCCUUCUAGGCGCUGCCUGGGAUGGAUAGUGAUAGCAAUGUACAGCCCAAGGGCAAGAUUCUGUAGAAAGGUGUGUUGAAUGUGAAGUAAGAGGGUAAAGGUGUACAUAGUACUAGGCAGGACCCCCCAAAAAAAUCCUUUACUAUGAAAGCUGAGAUCAGAUCCACAUCCCAGUCUGAAUCGAGCACAGAAAUUAAAAAAUCAAUGAAGUUGAGUGGCAACUUGAGAAAGCCAUGAUCUGAGUCACACUCUAUGUUACAUUCGUUAUUAAUAGGCAGCAGUCUAGUCUCAGCUGCCCCUUGGACCAUCCUCAUUGUCUCUGUAUGUGUCUGUCUGUUCCUCUUUGUCUGAAGCUGCUUCAGGGAGGAGUGAGCUUGUGUUGGGGCUUGGGUGCUGUUUGGCAGUUUGUCUUUUGGAUGUCUGAAAUGGGGAAACCCUUGCAUUUCAGAAAAGUACUCUCGAGCCAUUCCUGGCACUUACAGGACAUGUCCAUUGCUCCUGAAGGCAGUUUCAGGAAGGUUAGAUGUCUUUUGUGUGGCUAGACUCUACAGCUUGACAAUGUCCAAUGCCCAUCUGUAGAUUAAAAGGGAAACCACCAGUGGAUCAAGUCCUCUGAAGGGAGGUGCUUUGGUUGAAAGGUACUUAGUCAUAUGUGGACCUGAAAGGUACUUAGUCAUGUGUGGACCACAAAAUGGGUACAGGUGUCUUUGUAGUUGCUGACGCCUUGGCAACCUUUAGUAGGAAGAGAUUUGCUUAAGAAUAGAGAGAAGUGUGUAACAUGACUACCCCAAUACCCUGUGCCAGUUGCAGUAUUCAGUGUGAGUUUGUGGUAUUAGGCCUAAACUGAGCUUCAGUGACUUGGUGGCCAUGAUUUUACAAAACGGAUUUGCAAGGAAAACAACUGCAGGAGAGUCUGUCAGAGGAAAUGGAAACUAAGGGAAGCCUCUCUGGGAGGAGCCACCUGACCAUGAGGUGAUCUAGUCUGAAGUACUGAAAGUAAGAACUCACAGUAUGCUUCUUCCCCUUGAGCUCAUGCCAUGGCAUCUCCCCUCUCUGCCAUUUGUGAGGGCCAUGCCAAGCUUCCCUUUGCUGUCUCUUACCCUCACUUUUUCAGUUGCUGGUUUGAGAAGUCAGGGGAUGAAUAGAAUGUGUGAAGGCCUCCCUGAUCCUGAACCUCUCUAUAAAAUAAGAGUGUGGAGAAGAGGUCAUAGGAAAGGAGUCCAUGAGACUUGACUCGGCUCCUGCCACAACAUGGAGCUGCUAUCUGCAGUGAUGUAGGGCCUCGGCUGAGGGGAUCAAUUCUAGAAUGCCACAGAGGUGGGAGUACCUCACAUGCUUCUUCCCCAUCUGAGGCAUCAUGGCCCAGGUUGCUAAGGCAUCUUGGUUUGCCCUGCAUUGGCAUUCCUCCAGUAGCCUGCCUCUGCUUUGGCACCAGCUCAGCAGAUGAUUUCUGGUAGGCAUUUCCUAGUGCUCAAAGAAAGAGAGGAAAUUCAAAGCCGUGUUGCCUGGCAUGGCCAGGCCAGAGUCAGACAUACCUAUUGGGAAGAAAAUGAAAGGGGCACACAGGGGCCUAGGUUGACUCAUACAUAAGGAAGUUAAAGAAACAGAUUGUGGCACCUUUAACAGAUUCCGUAGGGAGCCUUAGCCUGUAUUUAAGGUGUUGGAGAACAGGGAACCUCUUCACUGCCUAAAUCUCACUCUUACCUUGGUCUGAGCCCAAGGUAAGGGAAUAGGUCUUAGCACUUUGUCUUAGGAGUUGCCCCCAAGUAUGUCCAAAAGCCUGCACUUUACUGUCUGUGGUACAAGAAAAGAGAAGACAGUUUGCCCUGACUUUGUAGCUCCUCCUCAGGCCUCUCUUGUCUGCAGGAAGGCUGUUUGUUCCCUAACCACCUUGGCCAAAGUUCUAUGUGCAAUCUACCAGCAUAUGAGGGCUCUGUGCCUGUGUGAGAAUGCUAGAGAGAUGGCCAGUAAGAGGGAACUAUGCGUCCUCAAGCCCUCCUUGUCCAUGGUCAUGGGGCUGGGUCAACAAGUUUAGUUGGCUAAGCUGUCUUCCCUGCUUAAAAGUCCCCACCCCCAGUAUUCAGUUGGGUAUGUAUAAGACUUGGCCCACUAUCCUCUCAGAAGCCUAGCAGCAUGUUCUUGUGUCAUUCCGUGACAUACUGUGGGGUUGGGGAGCCACCACCUCUACCUUUCUAAGUCUGUCCUUCGUCUUUCUGUGGACUUCUUUGUAAGUGUGGGGGUGGUCUACGGGGUCUACAUGGGCUAAAUGGGGUCAGCAGUGCACUUUUUUCUAUGGUUCCUCAGCCUUCCUGCCAGACUAUCCCUUUUGAUAUAUAGCCUCUGUCAUGGGUUUGCUUUGUGUGAUCAUGGAUGAUUCAGUGUUUUGUGAUAUAAUUACACAUUUCUCAUGGAUAGAUAAGUGUCAGCAGGGUUCUAUGCAGUAGAACUGGGGUUAGGUAAUGCCCAGAGUUGGGAUGGGUGUUGAGGAGAUGGUAAAGGGCCCUUUAAACGCUCCAGCUUCUAAAUAGACUUCCCUGGAAUUCUGUCACUUGUCUUCUGUGGAAGAAGAGUUUCUUAAUUGUUUCUACUGCAAGCAAGGCCUGGAGGGGAGGAAAACGGGGGGGGGGAGGGGGCUUCUGAUGCUGUAGGACAAGAUAUUGCUGCUGGUUUUAGUGAGCCAGGACGGGCCUCUCAGGUAACUUGGGAAGAUCCCAGACCCAGAAGAGGUGUCCUGUCUCCUCCUGGCCCUGCCCUCUCUGAGGGAGGAGCCUAUUAGAGGAGUCAGUCUUCCUCUGGCAUAUGCAAUGAGUUCAUUGUGCACAAGAAGACCAAAGCUGCUUGCUCUUGCCCUUGUCUGUGACACUUUUAUACACUGAAUUGCUACUCAUGGCACUGAGCAGACCUCCAUCCCUACUCAGUGAAAAACAAAAACAAAAGUCAUUUUGAUGUUUUGGAUGAUGUUUUUGGAAACUCUUGAUUGAUUUUGGUGUCAGUGUUAUGUUAGAUUUUAAAGCAUUUUUCAUUUAUUUGAUGUAAUUGUGGUGAAGAGAACAGGAUUGAAUGGUGUACAAUUAUUUCUUCUGGGACAUUGGUGAAAGCCUACAUCCUUCUCAAGCUGAGCCUGCCAUGUACCCUCAUGUGCAGGGCUCUCCUGGGAGCCAGUCUCUGAAAUCCCUAGAUGGCAGCAAGAUGGAGCCUCUUUGUCAGGCUGCUUCUGGGGUGUUCCUCCCCACCUCCAGUCUACCUCUCCUCUUUGGGUGUUUUUGUAAUGUGUUUUCUCUGUUUUGUAAAAUCUCUUUGAUUGUACUAAAGUGGUUUCUGCAGCCACCUUUGGAAAUAAAUGGUCCUUAAUUUGUGUACUUAGCAUUUUGAAUUUAGCCUCAGGUGUUUCUGCUGUUGAAGAUCCCUGAAUGAAAGGAACCCUCCCCAUGGGACUUAUUGUUACAAUGUUUUCUUCAUUUACUGUUAUUAAAAGAUUUAUGAGAA